UGCCCUUGAGCAUCCCGGGUAAACCCGAGCUUGUAAAGUAGGAAGAGGAGGAGUAGAGGGGGGAUGAAGGGCGGGCACAAGCCUUUCCUCAAAGUCAAUAUUUUAUACUUUUGAUACUCCUUGACGCUGGAUUUCAGUCCUCUUUCCCCAGCCGUUUCUAGAUCUAGGACACCGAUCUACCGUGCGCAGAGAUCCACGGUGUGAUAAAAAAAAAAAAAGUAUCCGGCAAAAACAAACAGCGAGCCGGGCAGGCAGAUAACCGGAGUACAGUGAGGACCGCGGCGGGGACUGAGUACAGUGGAUGGUCGGGGGGAUCUUUUUCUUUUUGCCUAAAGAGGGAGACGUGCACGUACUCCGACGCCACACAAAGUGCUGACCUGUCUCACGGAUGCAUUUUUAGAAGACAAUCAGAGGAGCUCGGACAGUGCACAACGUCCAAUGGAUAUACCUGAAGACGCAACAGCUUCUCCAUCAUCCUCCCCGACCAGCUCCACGGUUUCCCCGCAGGACACCGCUCUCUGAGACAUGAAUCCGCGUUAAUAUCUCCCACCCAACUCACAGCAACACUAUGGUUAAAGUGUAUGUCGAGAUUAAUCUCUGUCACAUUAUCCGCCUUUCCACCCACCGCCCAUCUUCCUCAGGAAGUCAGCCGUCAAAACAAGAAAGCGUCCCUCUCUCGGCUCUCUGGGGGCCGUCAAUAUUUGUGAAGAGACACUGAGCGAAAGUAGCCGAUACAGUGUUCUCCUGUCAUUCAUAAGCCUGGAGGCGAGUUGUGUCAAUUUACCGGCACCUCUCCAUUCACAGUACAGCAGUACGGUGGUAGGGAUGUGCACUAUUUCCUUAUGAUCACCGCUCCAUGCGCUUCACCUCUCCUCUGAGCUCCGUGGCCCCCUCACCCUGCGCCGGACCCCGCUCCAAACACCCCCCCAGCCUGCCAUGCUCCUCCAGGCCGUGUUUCUGCUGCUGCUGCACUGCUUGGCCUUCACCCUGGGCCAGUACGAACUGUGCAAGUCCCUGGUGAGCACGGAUGAGGGCUCGGUGUGGGAGCAUUACGCGUGUCAGCCGAAAACCGCGUCCAUGAAAGACUACAUGCGGAUCAAAGUGGAUCCGCCCGGAAUCACAUGUGGGAACCCACCCGAGAGGUUCUGCACUCUGGAGAACCCAUACCUGUGUAGUGACGAGUGUGACGCCUCUAACCCAGACUUGGCCCACCCUCCUCAGCUGAUGCAGGACCGUGAACGUAAUGGCCUAAUCACCUACUGGCAGACAGUCACAUGGAGACGCCACCCAGAACCACUGCUGGCCAACAUCACCAUGUCCUGGAACAAGAGUCUGGAACUCACAGACGACAUCCAGAUCACCUUUGAGUAUGGCCGUCCUACUAUCAUGGUAAUGGAUAAGUCCAUGGACCAUGGACGCUCCUGGCAGCCUUACCAGUUCUACGCUGAUGACUGCAUGGACGCAUUCAACAUGCCACCCAAACGUGUGCGUGACCUUUCACCCGCCAACAUCACACGGGUCAUCUGCACCGAGCAGUACUCGCGCUGGGUCGGCUCCAAGAACGACAAGAACGUGAAGUUCGAGGUGCGGGCGCGCUUUGCUGUGUUUGCAGGACCACGGCUACAGAACAUGGACAGCCUGUACACUCGUAUGGAAAGUAUGAAGGGAUUGAGGGACUUCUUCACCUUCACCAACCUUAGGUUGAGGCUUCUCAGGCCUGCCCUCGGAGGCACCUAUGUCCAGAGAGACAACCUACUCAAGUACUUCUAUGCCAUCUCCAACAUCGAGGUACCUGCCAGGUGUAAGUGUAACCUCCAUGCCUCCCAGUGCCUGCUGCAGGAUGGGAACCUCCAGUGCCAGUGUGAACACAACACCACGGGCCAGGACUGCCAGCGCUGCAAGAAGGGCUUCAAAGCCAAGUCCUGGAAGGCUGGUUCCUACCUGCCGACACCCAAUGGAACCCCCAACACCUGUACAAUUGCUGGUUCACCCUCCGGUUCUACCACAACAUCAACUUCAUCUAAGAGGUUUACUGCUCCUGGAGCUGAGGCAGAGGGUGAAACUAAAGUUGAAGCUGAAGGUGAACCACAGGGUGAACCUGGAGGUGGGGCUGGACCCAAGGGCGAAGCAGAGAGUGCCAUAACCAUCUCAGAAGCCGAGCAGCCCCCUGCUGUUACCCAUGAGCACUCUGGAGCCCCUCGGGAAGAGUCCAAUGCCUCCAGCGGCUCUGUUUCUGGGGUUGGGAGCUCACAUUUCAACCCCCUAAACCCUCAUCAUUUUGGUCUAAGUGGAGACACGGGAGCUCCACCAGCAGAACCCAGCUCAACCUCGCUAACAGACAAUCUGUUACCCACCAGCCCUUUGUCUGAGCAUCCACUGAUACCCAUGGGAGAAUCUGACACACUUCCUGUUGCGGCAGAGGUCCUCCCUCCUUCAGCAUCCUCUCAGUCAGAGAAGCACAGAGUUUCCCUGACACUAGAGAAGUUCACACCUUCAGAAACAGUCCCUGAACAUUCACAUCUGUCUCACGUAGUCCCAAAGGAGCCCACACAUCAUUCGGCUGCUGAUCAUCAUCACCAUUCAAUCCAGUCCAUCUUCCACCCCCAGACUCAUGAUCACCAUCAUACAAGCAAGUUCGGAACAGAGGAAAGACACUCAGAGCCGAGACAUAGUGAGACAGGAGUUUCCCACAAGUCUGAGGGACAUCAUGGCCACAAAACAACAACAUCAUCUGAGCACGGACAGAAAAAGGAGGCAGAGGUGGAAAAAGAAAGAAUAACUGAAAAGACAGUCUACCAUAAGUCUGAGGGACACUUACAUGAGACUCAUGGCCUCCAAACCUCAUCUGAGCACGGAAAGGGAAGUAAGGAAGAGGAGAGAAAAGCUGAAAUAAAAGUCUCCCAUAAGUUUGAGGGACACGGACAUGAAAUUCAUGGCCACAAAACAACAGCCUCUUUUGGACACGGGGAGAAAAGGGAGGAGGAGGAGCAUAAAGUCUCCCACAAGUCUGAGGAGCACGUACAUGAGGCUCAUGGCCACAAAACCUCAUCUGAGCACGGGGAGGAAAAGGAGGAGGAGAAAGGAAGAAAAACUGAGCACACAGUCUCCCACCAUAUGUCUGAAGGAAAUGUACAUGAGACUCAUGGCCACAAAAUAACAACCUCAUCUGAGCACGGAGAGAAAAGGCAGGAAGAUGAGCAUAAAGUCUCCCACAAGUCUGAGGAACACACACACGAGAAUCAUGGCCACAAGACAGCAACCUCAUCUGAGCACGGGGAGGAAAGACACACUCAAAGGAAAGUCCCCCACAUGUCUGAGGUUCACGUACAUGAGGCACAUGGCCACAAAACAACAACCUCAUUUGAGCAUGGGGAGGAAAGGGAGGCCGAGGAGCAUAAAGUCUUCCAUAAGUCUGAGGGACACACACACGAGACUCAUGGCCACAAAACAACCUCACCUGAGCACGGGGAGAAAAGGCACGAGGAGGAGGAGCAUAAAGUCUCCCACAAGUCUGAGGGACACGUACAUGAGACUCACGGCCACAAAACGUCAUCUGAGAACGGGCAGGAGAGGGAGGAGGAGAAAGAAAGAAAAGUCGAGCACACAGUUUCCCACACAUCUGAGGGACAUGGACAUGAGAUUCAUGGCCACAGAGCAGCAGCCUCAUCUGGUCACGGGCAAAAAAGGGAGGAGGAGGAGGAGAAUAGAGUCUCCCAUAAGUCUGAGGGACAUGGACAUGAGACUCAUGGCCAAAAAAAAACAACCUCUUCUGGGCAUGGGGAGGAGGAGCAUAAAGUCUCCCAUCAUUUUGAUGGACAUGGGCAUGGACAUGAGACUCAUGGUCACAAACCAACAGCCUCAUCUGGGCACGGGGAGGAACAUAAAGUAUCCCAUAAUUUUGAUGGACAUGGACAUGGACAUGAGACUCAUGGUCAUAAACCAACAACCUCAUCUGGGCACAGGGAGGAGCAUAAAGUAUCCCAUAAUUUUGAUGGACAUGGACAUGGACAUGGACAUGAGACUCAUGGUCACAAACCAACAUCUGGGCACGGGGAGGAGCAUAAAGUCUCCCAUAAUUUUGAUGGACAUGGACAUGGACAUGGACAUGAGACUCAUGGUCACAAACCAACAUCUGGGCACGGGGAGGAGCAUAAAGAUUAUGGUGUUCCAGUCUCCCAUAAUUUUGAUGGACAUGGACAUGGACAUGGACAUGAGACUCAUGGUCACAAACCAACAUCAGGGCACGGGGAAGAGCAUAAAGCAGUCCCUCAUAUGUCUGAGGGACACAUGCAUGAGGCUCAUGGCCACAAAACUUCAUCUGAGCACGGAGUGAAAAGGGAGGAGGUGGAAGAGAAAGCUGAGAGAAAAGUCUCCCAUAAUUUUGAGGGACACGUACAUGAGACUCAUGGCCACAAAACAGCAACCUCAUCUGAGCACGGGGAGGAAAGGGAGAAGGAUGAGCAUAGAGAAAGACAAGCUGAAAAUAAAGUCUCCCACAAGUCUGAGGGGCACGGACACGAGACUCAUGGCCACCACACAACAAUUUCAUUAGAGCACGGGGAGAACACACACCUACCUAUACACACAGUUUCCCACAAGUCUGAGGGACAUGGACAUGAGAGUCAUGGCCACAAAAGCUUAUCUGAGCACGGGGAGAGAAGGGUGGAAGAGGAACAUAAAGUCUCCCACAAGUCUGAGGGACAUGGACAUGAGAGUCAUGGUCACAAACCAACAGCCUCAUCUGGGCACGGGGAAGAGGAGCAUAAAGUCUCCCACAAGUCUGAGGGACAUGGACAUGAGAGUCAUGGUCACAAACCAACAGCCUCAUCUGGGCACGGGGAGGAGCAUAAAGUAUCCCAUCAUUUUGAUGGACAUGGACAUGGACAUGGACAUGAGACUCAUGGUCACAAACCAACAACCUCAUCUGGGCACGGGGUGGAGCAUAAAGUCUCCCAUAAUUUUGAUGGACAUGGACAUGGACAUGGACAUGAGACCCAUGGCCACAGAACAACAACCUCAUCUGGCCACGGGGAGGAGGAGCAUAAAGUCUCCCACAAGUCUGAGGGACACGUACAAGAGACUCACAGCCACAAACCAACAACCUCAUCUGGGCACGGGCAUGGGCAUGAGGGAGAGCAUAAAGAAGAAAAAGCUGAAAGGAAAGUCUCCCACAAUUUUGAGGGACAUGGACAUGAUACUCAUGGCCACAAAACAGCCUCAACUGGGCACGGGCCGAAAAGGGAGGAGGAGGGGCAUACAGUCUCCCACAAGUCUGAGGGACAUGGACAUGAGACUCAUGGCCACAAACCAACAACCUCAUCUGGGCACGGGGAAGAGGGGCAUCAUGACAGAAAAGUCUCCCACCAUUUUGAAGGACACGUACAUGAGACUCAUGGCCACAGAACAACCUCAUCUGGGCACGGAGAGAGAAGGGAGGAGGAAAGAAAUGCUGAAAGGAAAGUCUCCCAUCAUUUUGAAGGACAUGUUCAUGAGACUCAUGAACAUGGCCACAAAAUAACAACCUCAUCUGGGCACGGGGCGAGAUGGGAGGAGGACCAUAACGAAAGAAAAGCUGAAAAGAGAGUGCAUCAAGUCAUUGAAAAAUCUGAGUGGGAAAGAGGGAGACAUGAGAGCCCAAAACACACUCAUGGGAAAGAUGAUGAAGACAGAGAAGAUAGAGAAAGAGAGAAAAAGAAAGGGCUUCUGAAACUCUUGAUCUCAGGAGAGCCCCAGGCCAGACAGUUGUUUGGGAUCGUAUAUGAUGAUUUCAAAGACUGUGAGUGCUACGGCCACUCCAACCGCUGCAGCUACAUCGACUACCUGAACAUCGUCACAUGCGUCAGCUGCAAGCACAACACCAGGGGCCAGAACUGCCAACACUGCAGACUGGGAUACUUCCGCAACGCCUCUGCCGAACUGGAUGAUGAGAGCGUCUGCAUCGAGUGUAACUGCAACCAGAUGGGUUCUGUUCAUGACCGGUGUAACGGCACAGGCUUCUGCCAAUGUAAAGAUGGUGCCACGGGGGCCAAGUGUGACGACUGUCUGCCAGGCUACUACUGGAAACAAGGCUGUUACGCUAACGUUUGCGACGAGGAGAUGCUCCUGUGCCAGAACGGAGGAACAUGCUACCAGAACCAGAAAUGCAUCUGUCCUCCAGAGUUUAAGGGGGUACUGUGCCAACACUCCCGCUGCGAGGCGGGCAAGGACUGCAACACCGCCUCUUCCCUGCACUUCUCCACGGCCACCCUGCUGCUCUGCACUCUGCUAGCCCACCUGCUGGCCACGUUAACUCCCCACUGAGCCACGAAAACCACCCUCAGACCAAGGAGUGUGUGUAUAUGUGUGUGUAUAUGAGGCAACGGGUGACCCAAAGAGGGUAGAGCCACCCCAGUCAUGGACCUGACGAACACACACAGCAGCACUCGCAAAAAGCACACACGCUCACAGAACACUAACUAGCCUCAGUCUCCUUUCAAAACACACAUACACACACACACCUCACAGGACUGUUAUGAUAUGAUGAGUGUGUGCUCAGGUGUGAGAAGGACAAACAGAAAAAAAAGGGGAGCGACCUAAGAGAAAAGAGAUGCAGACGAGGGGGGGGGGGGGGGAAUCAUACCAACCACUGUUCCCUUUAUUCCUGAGCUGGAGCAAUGUGCAUCAAACCAAAAAGCAUAAACACUUAAAUCACUGUUUCACUUCAAAGGGAAUGGCUGUUGUAACCACAAGGACCUUUUUCUUUUUUCUUUUUUUCUUGGUUGAGUUAAGGAUCUCGCCUCUGUUGGACUGACAGCCAACGUGUGUGUGUGUGUGUGUGUGUGUGUGUGUGUGUGUGUGUGUGUGUGUGUGUGUUCAGACUCAGUGAGAGCACGAGACAUGUCGACACGAUGGACGGGGGUCGGGAGGCGAGGUGCGCGUUUGAUCCUGCUGCUGAGGCCUACAUAGUAUAUUAACCAGGUUUCAUUUCUUCUCAAAAGAUGAGACUUGAUUUGACAUUUAUUCUAUUUCUGCUGCAUUUUUUUAAUUAUAACUUCAGUCAUUGUAUCUAAUGUGCCCACAGUCGCUGAGAUUAUACAUAUUAUAUAAUAUCCAGGGGGUUACAAAUUAUUUAAAAAAUAGUCACUAUUAUGGUUGUUAUAGGAAUGAGUGAUUGUUGCCACACUUAGCGAGAUUUAAUCUUCACACAGUAUUCAGGAAGCAGAAUUUAACAGAAUUUAACAAAUGAGAAGUCUAAAAGAGAGAAAAGGUAUGAACCACGUAUCAAUAUUAUAUGACAUUAUUUGAAUAUUUUUUGUAGAAAUUAUUUUUGUUUGGAGUUACAAUAAAUUAUAAAAAAUGACAUUUACAAUUAUUCCAAAUGAGCAUUUUAUUACACUGAGUGUAAACCUUGCAGUAAAUAUGACUGUUAUUUGC